AUGGCCUCAGCCUCAGAACAACGCAUUUGUUUCUGCUUGUGCCUCUUCUUCUUCCUUCGUCUCUCAACCUCAACCACAGAGACCCCAACUCCAGCGCCGUGGCCGGAACAGUUCCACUCAGAGCUAUUCGUCAAGGGAUUCGGCACUCUUCGAAAAACCGACUUAUGGUACGAUUGGCCCAACGGACGCAACUUCAACAUCAACCAGCAUCAGCUUGGUAUUCUCAAAUACGACGCUGAAUGGAACAACGGCACCUCUUUUGUCUACACUCUAGACCCUUUCAACCGCACUUGCCAAACGCUUCAUUUCGAUGUUGGAAUUCUCCGACCCAAUUGGCUUGAAGGUGCUAACUAUUUAGGUCAAGAAUAUGCUGAUAAUUUUCUGUGUAAUGUUUGGGAGAAAGUUGAUUUUAUUCACUACUACGAGGAUGUUGUUACUCGAAGACCCGUCAAGUGGAUCUUCUAUGAUGGAAUGGUUGCUCAUGUGAUGACAUUUGAGGUUGGUGCAGUGCUGGAGGAUGAGCAUUGGCAGGCUCCUGUUUAUUGUUUUAGUAAGUCAGAGCCUGAACGUCGGAUACACAACAUAAUGAGCAGCUCCUUAUUGGAUUUAGAGGCUGCUAUUGGUGGUGGCAGUGGUUUUCGCCGGACAUUAAUGAGUGAGAUGAGAUCGGCCGCCCGAAAAUAG